AUGGGAGCUAUGAUCGAGACUCAGUUGUCGGAUAAAGUAACUCAUGUUUUUGCUAUCAGUUCAAAUGCUCUUUUGCACUGCGUCAAUGAGGACCAAUUGGCUCGUUUCAAAGGGGUCAGUGCUCUUUCUCGUCUUUUUAAUUUGAUGAUCGUCGCAGUGAAACAACUUAAUCAUGACCGUCUUCAGGGCUAUCAGGAAUUCAUUGUUGAGGUUCUUAUGCUGAGCCUAUUACUCCAUGUUAAUCUGGUCACCUUGAUUGGUUAUUGCACGGUCGGGGAUCAGAGGCUCUUGGUUUACGAAUACAUACCGAUGGGCAGUUUGGAAGAUCAUCUUUUCGAUUUAGAACCAGGACAAGAGCCUCUGAGUUGGAAUAAUUGUAUAAAGAUUUCCGUUGGUGCUGCUCGAGGAAUUGAAUAUCUAAAUUGCAAGGUCAACCCACCUGUCAUCUAUCAUGACUUAAAGUCUGCAAAUAUUUUGCUUAAUAAUGAUUUCAACCCAAAACUCUCGGACUUCGGCUUAGCAAAAUUGGAACCCGUGGGUGACAAAACUCAUGUUUCAACAAGGGUGAUGGGAACCUACGGGUAUUGUGCUCCAGAGUAUGCCAUGAGUGGGAAAUUAACUCUUAAAUCUGACAUAUAUUGUUUUGGUGUGGUCCUAUUGGAGUUGAUAACCGGACGGAAGGCGAUUGAUACUACUAAGAAGCAUGGAGAGCAUAACUUGGUUUCAUGGUCCCGUACGUAUCUAAAAGACCAGAAGAAGUUUAGCCUACUGGUCGAUCCUCUAAUUCGGGGAUGUUAUCCUCACCGUUGCUUGAACUAUGCAAUUGCAAUUACUGCCAUGUGUCUCAAUGAAGAAGCCAACUUCCGUCCACUUAUCGGUGACAUCGUAUGGCAACACUACCUAUUUGCAUAUAUUUGUGGCUUUUAUCUAGAUGUUGUAUUAGGUGUUUUUACUGUAGUCACCAUGUGGGCAGUUGUUGUAACUGAGGGUUGCAGGGAAAUAAAGUUGCAGUACUGUGGGUUUAAACUAGCAUUUGCUACAAGAUAA